AUGCAGGAGCUUGCCAGGAGGAGGGCAGCCAUAGCACAGCUCUUGUCCUCCUUCACAGACUUCAAGGAUGAGGACGAGACUCAGCGGCUCCUCUCGAUCUCAGAGAGCCGGGAGGUCGACGAGAGGGGGCAGGAGGUCGUCUUCCUCAGAGGACAGGAUCAGAUCAGUGCUGCGCAACUUGCCAUCUCCCCCCAUGAGCUCCAUGGCGAGCUCCUGUACAAGUUCACGAGGAGCAGCAAGACGCACGGCAAGCAUGUCAACCAGCUCAUCUUCGAGGCCAAUGAGCACAGCGUCAGCGAGCUGGUCAGGACUUCGCUGGAAUGUGUCCAGCGGUUGCUGCUCGCCGGAUGCCUGUGCUUCAAGGAGAUGGGAGGACUAGGAGCAGGAGCAGGAGCAGGAGCAGGAGCAGGAGCAGGAGCAGCAGGAGGUGAACCUGAGACCUUGGCCUACGAAUGUUUGAAGCUCGCAGAGCACGAAUUCUCCCAUGACGGCGGGACUUCGCAUAUGCUGUUUCAACUGCAACUGAUCCACACCUGGAACAACUUGGGGUGUUUUUACAUCCAAUCAGGCAGACUGCAGGCAGCGAUCUUCUUCCUUGAUAAGGCUUGCAACUCAAAUUUCUCCUUGCACGAAGACAAGCUCGACAUAGCCUCGUCUCACUCAAACUUGUCCCUGGCCCUGCACAGCAGGUUCGCAACGACGGUCCUGAUCAACCUCUACCUCUCGAAGCAAGACUCCAGGAUUGAAACUCAACAGCACGACGACGAACGACUGAGGGAAGUGUUAUCUCGAUUUCUCUCAAGGGACCGAGACAGCAACAAGGUUGCGACUUUUGAUUGGAAGAAUGUUGAAAACAUCAUCUCCACAGUUCCAUCGCUCACGGCGAGCAGGGAAGAAGAGGAAACUUCUGUUUGCUCCAACCCUGAUGUGUCACAAGACAAGUCCUACAAAGAAACUUGCGAAGACGGGUUCGAUUUGUCAAGUUGUACCAUCAGGGUCUCGUCAGCCAUUUCAUUGUCAUCUCUGAUUGAGACGAUGAAGAAGAUGAUGCACCUUGCAAAAGAUGUUCAGCUAGACAUGUGGUUCUUUCAUUCAGCUGAUAAGAUCACCAUCAAGACCGACAGUGGUCUUCGCGCUUGCUUCCAUUCCUCAGUCUCCCCUAUCUCCCUGUUUGCAAGAAUCGCCUCCUACCAGGAGUACAACCUGCCCAUCCAUGUUGCGGCGGCCACCCAGAUCCAGAGGUACUUCAGAGGGCAAAGAGACAGGAAGAUCGCGAUAGCGAAGAAGAAGGAGGAAGAGAAGCUCGUCCUCUUCUUCGAAAGGUUUCAGAUCGACGGUCUCCCUUCCCUCUGCCUCCAUCGUCAGAGAGUGGCUGCCAUGUCCUGCCAACAAUCGAUCUCCUACUCCAAGCUCGUCAAGUCAAAACUUAGCGACUGGAUCAGGGCGAGCAAGUUCGUCUUCCUAGACGAUCUCCGCUCCUCCUCCUCCUCCUCCUCCCCCGCUCCUCAAGGCAAGGAGGAGGAAGCGGAGGAUCAAGAGGCUCCUCCUCCUCCUUCUCCUCCUCCUCCAGCCUCGUCACGACCCAACACUCCCUCCGACCUCAACGGCUUGUGGGCCUCCAAGCAACUCGCCGGCAAGUGA